AUUUCACAUUUCGAGAAGCUGCCCCCGCUGCACAACUAGAAACAUAUGUGUGUAGCUCUGUUUUCUACGAUUUCAACAUUUCCGUUCGUUCUUUUUAAUCUUUGAAAUAAACACAUACACAAAAUGGCCUUCUCAGUAUUUCUAAUCUUCCUGCUCAUUCGAAUCGGAGAUUCUCUGUUAUGUCAUCAAUGUGAGGGAUGGCGUGGCCAUAAAGACGGAGGAAAUGAGAACUCGUGUCUCAAGUAUAAUAAUAACUGCGAGACAAACGUGUUCUGCGUGAAGAUCACUGAACCGAUGACGAAGGAGGCGACAUAUGAGCCAUAUAGAUCAGAGUGCUGGCACCAGAACAACCUCGUUGUUGGUCCCGGCAACUCGACCACCGUCCAAAAUGAGUGCUACACAUUUUUCGAUCAAGCAACACCUCCAAAACGUUGGACAUAUUGCUUCUGCAACAGUAGCAACUACUGUAACACCGGUCAUUCAACAUUUCAAACUUUCAAACUAUUUUCCUUGAUUUUAACAAUGCUUUUCUGAAUAAAUUUUCAACUUGCGUCCAAAUCUGGCGCAACGAGAAUAAGAUUAAUG